AAGCAUUCCAUUCUCUCAUUAAAUACUCUACCAACCUUGUAAAUCUCACUUCCAUAAGCCAUGUGCUCCUUUUCAACAUAGAUACUCAAAGUGAAAGUCUUUCCUAUAACUUGAGUAGUGGUGUCAGGCAGAGAGAAUGAGAUAGAAAGCAAGUACGGGAGUGAUGAACAUGAAGAGUGACAGAGAGAUCAAGCUGAAGAGCGACAGAGAAGUCAAGAUGAAAAGCGAUGGAGAGGUCGCAAUGAAGAGCCACAGAGAAAGUGAUAACGAGCACGAGAUGGAAGAAGCAGAAAGUACAACAAAAUAUGGGACGAGUACCGAGAGAGCGGAUGAGGUACGUGGGCUUUUGACAAGGAAGGACAAGAGAGACAAAGAGAUGUCAGCGAACCAAAUCUGGGUGUUUGUCUCAUGACUAUAUAUCUCUUGCUUUUGAGUUUCUGAAGGUAUUCUAUUUUUGCUUAGAUUACCUUGGAAAAUAAUGCUAAUGAGAACAGGUAACUACUGUAUUUUUAUAUAAGCACUGAAAUGGAAGAAGAGGCAUGUAAUGGAGGAUUCUGGGAUGAAACCAUCUACGUUUCUAACCGGUUUGGUUGAGGUAAAAUUAUAUUUUAGAGACAGAAUGAGCCUCAAUACAAGUGAGAAUUUAGAUCUCCAUACAAACUCUCAGUUGCGAUGAUACUUUUCCUGCAUUUACUCAAGUUUUGGAAGAAUUUGAUAUGCCUAUCAAGACAAAGUUAUUCAUCAGUUAUGCUUUGUCUGUACGUUUCUAACUUGCUGCAAUCAUGGAAAAUAAAGCUCAAGAACUCAUUAACCAACGCCUGAUCAUCAUUCCACACAUGAGCCAUAUACACAAGAACAUAUUUGGCAGGGGAGAUCAAGGAGAUGUGUUUUUGGUAGUUUUCUCUAGAUCACAUAUAUGCAACGCACCAAGAGCUAUAGGUCACAACUAUACACUACAAUAUCCUUCAUAAAACAAAUGAGGCACCAAGGU